AUGGAUUAUUCUCUUUCACAAGCCCGACCGCAAGAAGAGGAAGUAGAAGGAGGAGGAGGAGGAGGAGAAGUAGGAUCACGAUGUGGAAAGUGGGUGGAGCUGCCGGAUGACGUGAUGGCGUCGAUCCUGAGGAGGUUAGGAACAAUCGACAUCUUGGCAAACGUAGAGAGAGUGUGCAAGACAUGGCGCAACAUCUGCAAGGAACCUUCCAUGUGGAGAUCCAUCGAUAUGCGCAAUUUGGGUAAUAUUUUGGACAUGGAGUAUGAUAUUGUCAAAAUUUGCAGGCAUGCUGUUGAUCGCAGUUCUGGUGCGUUGCUUCAGAUCAAUAUCGAAUAUUUCGGCACCGAUGAUCUCCUCCUUUACAUCGCCAAUAGAUCAACAAAGCUCAAAAGCCUUCGACUCGUAUUUUGCCAGAACAUUUCUGACGAGGGAUUGAUUGCAGCAGCUGCUAAAAUUCCAUUGCUGGAAGAGCUUGACCUUUCAUACUGCUCAUUCUCAAAGGUGGCUCUAGAAGAAGUUGGGCACUGUUGUCCUUUAUUAAAAUCAUUCAAGUUAAACACCGCAGGAUACAGACAUCCACGUAUAGAGAGUGAUGAUGAGGCACUAGCUAUUGCAGAAAGUAUGCCUCGGUUACAUCACCUCCAAAUGUUUGGGAAUAAGGUGACAAAUCAUGGCUUGCAGGCUAUUCUUGAUGGUUGUCCUCACCUUGAAUCGCUUGAUGUGCGCCAGUGUUUCAAUGUUAUCUUGGAAGGGCAGCUGGGGAGAAGAUUUAGUGAACGCAUCAAAGAUUUGCGGUAUCCCAAUGAUUCCACUGAUGACUAUCCUUUCGAUACACGAGUUCCUAACAUUACAUCGUCUGAUGAGGAAGACUACCCUUCUGGAUUUUCUGACAUUGAUUUCAUGUCUGAUGAUGGUGCCUAUUAUGAUUUCUCAGAUGGCAGUAAUUUUACUGAUGAUUAUUAUGAAGGAUAUGAUGGGUGGCUGGAUGAUGUAUUUAUGUUCUAUCCAGGCGAUUAA